AACUAAAAAUUACAACACCUGCAAUUUCAUUGGCUAGCUGAUGUCAACGUCGAUGUCAUAAAUAUAUAAAAAUGAAAAUAAAACGGUUUCCUCAGCUCAAAACCACCGCAAAACAGCCGUGAACGGGUGAACCCCUCCGCUUCCACGACCUCCGAUCUCCGGCACGAAUUUAUCAAUUCCUUGCAAGAUGAGGGCAGUUAGAUUGAUCCUUAUUCUGUCCCUAAUCAUUGUAAUAUCAGCAACGGUGGCGUGGGCAAGUGAUGCCAAGGUGAACAAGUCAGCUCUGGGGUUGUUUUGGUCAACCGGUAAAGAAGAAGGAGAGUUAUUUAGGAAGACACAAUCUGAAGAAUCCGAAGCAUUGGAUGGCAAUGAUGAGCUUGAUGGUGGUUUCUCUUCUCUUGAUGGGAUGUUACAGUGGGCGAUAGGACACUCUGAUCCAGCUAAGUUAAAGGAAGGUGCAAAGUCUGUGCAGCACCUAUCCGAUGAUGAGCUAAAGAAGCGCCAAAUAGAAAUUAAGGAACUAAUGGAAAAACUAAAAAUGCCUUCAGAUGCAGAGUUGAUGAAAAUUGCAAUAGAUGACUUGAACAAUUCCUCUACCACUUUGGAAAAUCGUCUUCUCGCUCUAGAAGAAAUUUUGACACUCGUUGAGCCUAUAGAUAAUGCCAAUGAUUUGGGCAAACUUGGGGGUCUUGCUGCUGUCAUAAGACAGCUAGACAAUGUCGAGCCAGAUGUAAGGAAACUCGCUGCCUGGGUUCUUGGAAAAGCCAGCCAAAACAAUCCAGUUGUUCAGAAGCAGGUUUUGGAUUUUGGUAUACUGGCAAAGCUCGUGAAGAUGGUGAGAUCUGAUGUUGUGGACGAGGCCACCAAAGCAUUGUAUGCAGUUUCUGCCUUAAUCAGAAACAAUCAAAAUGGCCAGGAAAUUUUUUAUGCGGAAGCUGGAGACUUGAUGCUCAAGGAUAUAUUGAGCAAUUCGACCUUUGACAUUAGAUUACGCCGGAAAUGCGUCUUUCUUAUUAGUGACUUGGCAGUGUCUCAGUUAGAGAAUGCAGAUAAAGCCGAACUUCCCUUUUUUAGGGAUCAUGUUUUUCUAAGGGCGAUAGUUAAUUUAACGUCAUCAGAUGACCUUGAUCUUCAGGAAAAGGCACUUGAUGCGAUCAAGAAUUUACUACAACUUAGAACGAUCUCGGCUUCGGCUUUAAAGGAUUUUUGUGCUUUGGACAAGGCAUUGGAAAGAAUGAGGCUGCAACUGCAGCAGUUAAUGGAGGAUGAAGAUCAAAGAGAUUAUGCACAAGAUGUGGAAAUCCUUCGCCGAGAGGUGGAACUGAUUUUUUACAAGAAGCUUGAGAAAGGUUUUCAUGUUCCCACAUGAUACAACUUAGCAUGAUCUAUUACCACUCCUUUGCAAGCUGAAUUACAUAUACAGUCGUAGUCAUAGAUGCUCGGUUUAUUAGUGAUGAUCCUGAAAAAUAUCGAGAAGUCAGCAAAAAGCUAUUCAAAUUUGCCAUUGAACGGGAUCCUGACAUUUUUUCAGAUAGUUUUGUGAGAGUCAUUCAUGUACUGUAUUAGACUGUGAAUCUGCUUACACACAUCUCAUACGCGAAAGACAGACACAGUUAAACUGUGCAAGAUAAAGCAUCUUCAAACGCCGUUUUGGCAGAAGUAAGUCUAUGUCUUUGUACUUGUAGCUUUUCAUCUUUGAAGUCCAAAGGAUUUCGCAGUUAAACUGCUGUUUUGACUGUAUAUAUCACUAGUUUGGUCAAUAUACAACCAUUUUAGAUAUUUUUUACAUGUUUUACUGGAGGAUUUUAUUUGGUUCUUCAAGUUCAGUCGGAGGUUUGGCAUUUCUUGCCACUUAACGAUGAUUGUUGUGUUGUAUUUGAUGGUAAUUUUAGUUUUGGAUGCCUCAAAAUAUAGUGAACAUUACCAGUUAUUGAUUUAUUGGAUACAUUUCAUAUUA